AUGGCUCCUAGUUCAUCGGAACGAACGCCCUUGCUCUCUAGAAUUGAUACUACAACAAAGAAUGUGCCAAUCAGGACAUCUAACUUACCGGCUAUCGAUGAAUAUGACGGUAGACAGGACCCGAAUGUCAUAUGGUGGGAUCAAGAUGAAGAUCCUGAGCACCCUUACAACUGGCCGCAUUGGCUAUCUAUGUCCAAUUGCUUUUUGAUUAGUGCAAUGACCUUCUUGACUGCUCUCGCAUCCUCCGUGAUCGCACCCGCUGUACCUCAAAUAUUGGCGGAAUUCGAAAGCGCAAAUCUACAGGUUGCUGCAUUUGUUGUGUCGGUAUACAUCCUUGGAUUUGCUGCUGGUCCACUGGUGAUCGCGCCGCUGUCUGAACUAUAUGGUCGUGUUCCGGUAUACCAUGUUUGUAAUCUGGGCUUUACAAUCUUCUCAGCGGCAUGCGCUCUCUCACCGAGUAUCCGCGCCUUGAUCAUCUUUCGAUUCUUUAGUGGACUCUUCGGUUCCUGUCCUGCAACUAUUGGCAGCGGCUCCAUCACGGAUCUAAUCCCGCAAGAACGAAGGGCAUCGGUGGUAGCAGCGUAUAGCGUUGGUGCUCUCUUUGCUCCAAUUGUUGGUCCAAUGGCCGGUGGGUUCGUUGCUUAUGAGCUUGAUUGGCGAUGGGACUGCUGGCUCCUAGCCAUCUCCGGAGCCAUCAUCUCGAUCGUCAUGCUAUUCGUCUUGAAGGAGACUUAUCAUACCGUCAUUCUCGAGCGAAAAGUUAAACGUCUUCGCAAACAGACGGGUAACCAACUUUUGCGAUCUAAAUUGGACACUGGUCUAUCCUCAGGGGCAUACUUUUGGCGUAACAUCAUCCGCCCAGUCAAGAUGCUGACACGCUCGCCAAUCGUUAUCAUCACAUCCUUGUUCAUUGCUAUCACGUAUGGAUAUAUGUACUUGUUAUUUACUUCAUUCACCGAGGUCUUUCAGCGAUAUUAUGGUUUCACCACAAGCAACGUCGGUGUCUGUUUCCUUGGUCUUGGAUUAGGCUCUUUCAUCGGCGUUGCUAUUUUCAGUGCAACAUCUGACAAAAUGAUUAAAAGAAAAGCAGCAGAUGAUGAUGACACCGACGCUGAUAUGAUGAUGGCUACGCCGAAACAGGCCAUCAUCAAGCCUGAAUACAGACUUCCUCCAUUGCCAUUUGCUGUGCUAUGUCUCCCAGUUGGACUACUUAUAUACGGUUGGACUGCGGAAUGGGGCUUACAUUGGAUUAUUCCCAUCAUUGGCACUGUUUUGAUUGGAAUCGGGCAAUUGUUGCUGUACAUGGUGCUGCAGAUGUAUCUCAUCGACUCAUUCACCAUCUACGCUGCUUCAGCUGUUGCAGCUAUUACGGCGGUCCGAUCCAUUGCCGGUGGCUUAUUGCCGCUCUUUGGAUUGAGUAUAUACGAUAAAUUCGGUGUCGGUUGGGGAAAUACUUUGCUCGCUUUUGUUUGCUUGCCGCUCGUUCUUGUCUCCGUCUUGCUGAUUAGGUAUGGACAGACGUUGAGAGAGAAGUAUGAGAUUAAGGACCUGUGA